AAGCGGAGCCGCAGCAAAACGCAACGCAAGCAAAACCAGCACAAAGCCAGAGAAGAAACAAGGCGCAGCUCCCUACUCCGCUCCUGUUCGCUGUUCCGCUCCAGACGGCGCACGCGCGCGCGGCAGCACUGCGCUGCACUCCCUGCACUGACUGAGGCCGACGCGGCGGCGGCGGCGGCGGCAGCUGCGAGAGCGACGCCCGAUGACGAGGUCCAAGAACGGGUGUCUCAAGAUCCUCACUUGCGCCGGCGGCGGAUCCGACCCCUCCGCCGGCUCCGACGCCGACGCGGACGACCACGUCGACGAGAACAAGGCCAUAUCAGAUAAAAGCAGAUGGAGCUUUCGUAGGAGGUCUACAAGGCACCGUGUUUUGAAGAACUCUGAUAUAUCUGAACCUGAAACUCUUAGUUCGAGCAAAGCAAAAGCUGAAAUUGCUCCAAGCAACAUCUAUUCUUCAACAUACUCCUAUGCCUCAGAGAAACCUCUGCAUCAAGAGAAACCAGAUGAGAAAAUUCUGCAUCAAGAGAAACCAGAUGAGAAAAUUUUGCAGCAAGAGAAACCAGAUGAGAAAAUUCUGCAGCAAGAACCUGAUGAGAAAACUCUGGAGCAAGAGAAACCAGAUGAGAAAAUCCUGCAGGAAGAUAAACCAGAUGAGAAGCCUUUGCAUGAAGAGAGGGCUGAUGAAAAACUGACAGAAGAGUCACUUGAACAGCCAGAUGACGAACCAAUUGAAAAGCCAGCUGACCAGAUAAUUGAAAGGUCAGUUGAACAGGCAGCUGAAAAUAUAACUGAAGUGCCGAUCCAAGAGCCAGCUGAAAGGAUAACUGAAACUCCAGUUGUAAAGCCAAAUGAUAAGGAUGUUGAGGAACACGCUGAAAAGACGGAUGAAAGUACUUUUAUUUCAUCAACUGAGGUGCACCAGGAGGAAACCACCUCUCUUUUUGAUAGAAGCUCUGCAGACCAUCAGGAAGAUCAUUCUGAGGCUGCUGCUGAUGUCAUUCAGUCUGGCAUCAGAGCAUACACUGAAGAACAAGAACUACCAAAUGAUAAGGACCUUGUGAAACUGCAAGCUGUGAUACGCGGGCAUCUUGUUAGGAGGCAGGCUGCGGAAUCAUUACAAUGCUUGCUUGCCAUUGUUAAAAUGCAAGGGCUUGUCCGGGCUCGUCAAGCACAACAACAUGGAGGGAAGUUUCAGGACACUUCAAAUGAGAAAUUACUUCAUAAUGGAUUUGCUCUCAAGCUCAUGGACAGCAUGUCGACUUCAAAAUCCAUUCACAUAAAAUGUGAUCCUUCUGAACCUGAUGUUGCAUGGAAAUGGAUGGAGAGAUGGACAUCCAUGAUUCCACCACACAGUGAGGGUCAUUUGCUAGAGGAUAGAGAAACCAAUGAGUUGGUGGAUGAAAAGAUAGAAGAUACUCAGCAUGAGGAAGCCCUUCCUUUAGAUUCUGACAUCUCUUUCCCAAUAUUAGUGCCUGAUGAUGUGGAAGAGACACUAAGGCCAUCUGAGUCUUGUGCUCUGGAGGAUUCUGCAUGCGUCCCAGCUAUAAACUCUGGAACGGAAGUUGAAGAUGUUCCUGAAUCAGAGUUGAUUGAAAAGUCCAAUGAAGAUGUUGAAAAAUUGACUGACCCGAAGACAGAGAAUGUUGUGGAGCAACAUUUGGAGGUAUCUGGUGAAGACUCUACUCAAAUAGCUACAUCAAGGGAACCCACUCCUCUUCCUGAAAAACCAGAAUCUUCCUAUGAUGAUACUAUGGACACAUAUAAAACUGAGCAGACAUUGGAGACAGAAGGUAAAAGGUUUACGGCUAAAAAGGCAUGCAAUCCUGCGUUUACUGCUGCACAGUUAAAGUUUGAAGAGCUGACUUCCAAUUCGACAGUCAGUAGGUCCAAUAGUCUGGAUGGGGCAAGCAAAUCAAAGGUGCACACUCCCCGUUCACAAGACAAUUCCUCACCCAAGCAAAAUAAUGACACAAGCAUACCAGAGAGCUCAGUUGGGCAUGAUCCUAAAAUUGUACUUGCUGCUUCAGAAUGUGGAACUGAGAUCUCAAUUUCCUCUACACUUGACUCCCCAGAUCGAUCAGAAGCCGAUGGUGGUGAGAUUGUUCUGGAGAUAGGAUCUCUGGAAGACAGGAACCAUGUUGCUGACAAUGCUGAAAAAGACACCAGUGUUAUGCAUUCUGAAGUGAACACGUCUGGAGGAAUCGUCCAGCCAGAAAAGGAGGAAGAACAAACUGAUGACAUCAUUAUCCCUGAUGUUGCAGUUGAUCCUGUGCUUGUUGAACAACCACAUCUGGGACAAGAAAAGCCUGAUUUGCAUGACGAACUGGAAAAAUCUGUAGGAUCUUAUCUGAAGUCACCUGAAGGUACUCCCAUGAGCCGAACCACCUUUGCUGAAUCCCAGGGAACUCCAUCAAGUGAGGUCUCUGUUAACACCAGAAAGAGCAAGAGCAAAAAGCCCAAGCCUCUUGUAAGCAAGAGAUCACUAACUAGUCCAAGCAGCGAUUCUGUGGGACGAAGCAGCACGGAUAACUUGUCAAAGGAUUACAGACUUGGGAGGCGAGACAGCUCAGGCAAGGUUAAAUCUGAUCUUGUUGAUCAAGAACCUGGCAUAAGCAACAGCACUCCCUUGCCAAGUUACAUGCAGUUUACAGAAUCUGCAAGGGCAAAGGCAUCUGCUAGUGUAUCACCAAAGUUAAGCCCGGAUGUGCAAGACAACAAUCCGAGGAAAAGGCAUUCUUUGCCCAUGACUAACGGUAAGCAAGAUUCAUCUCCUCGCAUGCAACGAUCAUCAUCCCAAGCUCAGCAAAAUGUGAAAAGCAAUGUUGCUGUUCCUCACAAUUCAUCUGAUAGGAGAUGGCAUAUAUGAUGAGUGCGCCUAGCAAGAGUUUUUAGCGAGGUGCCAUAGAAGAAGCAUUGUUGAUGAGAUGACUGAGAUUGUGCUUGUUUUCCCUCCGCACUCCACUCUCUAAUUCGUCAGGUUUCUUUAUUCUUUGUUGGAAUACUUGGUAUGGUUGAAACUUGGAAGAAGAGCAGCAGCUCUUAUAAUGUACAUUUGUUGGUACUCGGUUUGUGUUUAUUUGACUGGUAAUGGAUGAAUGAUUUGUGUGUGUAAUAUAUCUUGACUUGUAAUGCAACAGCGGGUCUGUUAUAUUUGCCAAUAUUGAAAGUUCAUGCUGGUGUGGAGUGAGAA